GCUUAGUUUUCAGUGUGUAGCAUCACACUCGAGCCACAGUUCCAGCGUGCCUACCGCCACCGCCAACAUGUCUAAACUCACUCUGGCCCUCCUCGUGCUGUGCGCCUGCGUCGCUGUGUCUAUGGCGUAUCCACAAGUCACGUCUCCAAUUUCGUCGAUAGCGUCGGCGGUGCCAACGUCGUCGUCGCUGCCAACGUUGUCGUCCUUCACUGAUCUUCUAAGCCAGCUGGAGCCGAGUCAGGCCAACCAGUUCAUCAAGAUAUUCACGGACCUGCUGAGCACGGCGGAGCAGGGCACGCAAGGGGCCACCGGGGGCUCCGGCACUACCGGGGGCGCGGCGGCCACCGACGGCGCAGGCACCACCACCAGCGGCGCCACCGGAGCCACCACCGCUUGAGAUCCAACUCGUGUUUGUCAACAUAGCAAUGGCCAAUAAAAUAUGACAACUUA